GUUCUCCAUUUGCUGCGCUGCUAUUGGCUGACAGCGGUUCCACACAGCAGGCUAUGUAAAUCCGGACGCGUGCCGGUAAAAGCUGAGCCUGUGUGUGUGACAGAUAGGCCAUUGAUCCAGCCGGGAGUAGGAUUAGCGGAACACUUACACACCUGACCUUGUUAGAGGAAAACUAGCUUUAGGUUUUCAGCAGCGCGGUUCCCAUUCCUCUUCCUGUCUGUCGCUUCUCCUUUCACUUCCUCCUUGGGUGAGACGUCCCAGAGAGCGCGGGGACUCGCAUGCUGCAGGUGUCUGCAGCUCUGACUCACUCGCGUCCGGAGCAGGACUUCUUGGUUUUUCAUUCUGUGGAGAGAAACUCGGACAGUUUUGGCUCAGAGACCAGAGCUGUGGGAGGUCUGAGGAGGAGACCUGGGCUUCUUGUUGGUGUCGCACAGAGGCGCAGAAAUGGUGUUUCUGUGGGACGCAAAGUACGAUCCAGCUCCUGGCCGGCGUUACACUCCCACCUCCACCUCGCUCGCCACGGGAGGGAAAAUGGCCGAGGCACUGCCCCUGGGGGCACAGGAGGCCAGUGGGGGGGGCGCUCUGAUGGGCAAGCUGCGCCUCUCAGACCACGGCAUGGCAGAGGUGAUCUCGGACCAUUCAGGAGAGCUGGUGAAGACCGACAGUCCCAACUUCCUGUGCUCCGUGCUCCCCUCCCACUGGAGGUGCAACAAGACUCUGCCCAUCGCUUUCAAGGUGGUUGCUCUGGGUGAUAUCCCUGAUGGUACCAUGGUAACGGUCAUGGCUGGAAAUGAUGAGAAUUAUUCAGCAGAGCUUCGCAAUGCCACGGCGGCCAUCAAGAACCAAGUGGCCAGAUUCAAUGACCUGCGCUUUGUGGGUCGCAGUGGAAGAGGAAAGAGUUUCACUCUGACAAUCACAGUGUUCACCAACCCUCCCCAGGUAGCGACAUACCAGCGAGCUAUUAAAAUCACAGUGGAUGGUCCCAGAGAGCCACGACGUCAUCGUCAAAAGUUGGAUGAGGUCAAGCCCAGCUCACUGGCCUUCUCUGAGCGGCUAACGGAGCUGGAGCAGCUAAGAAGGAGCUCCAUUAGGGUGACCCCCCCUCAUCACCACCACCACCACCAUCAGCCCCCCGUAAACAGCCGCCAGGCCACAGUUCUGAACGCUGCCACAUUUUCCAGCCCCCCACACUCUCAUGUAUCAGCUGAUUCCAGGCAGAUGCAGUCAUCUCCAUCUUGGUCCUAUGACCAGUCCUAUCCAUACCUCGGCCAGUUAACCACGCCCACUGUUCACACAGCCAAUCCACUUUCACCUGGCCGCUCCUCACUCAGUGACCUGUCGUCAAGACUCACAGGUCCUGACCUUACAGCUUUCAGUGACCCCAGGAUGACUUUGGAGCGAUCUUUUACCUCACUUCCCUCUUUGCCCGACUCCCGUUUCUCCGAUCCUCGGGUGCACUACCCCCCUACGGCAGCGGCUUUCUCCUACACCCCAUCCCAUAAUCCUGUGUCUAAUGGUGCCCUUGGCAUCACCAUGGCAACAGCCAUGGCAACCACUCCUACAGGGCGGUACCACACAUACUUGCCUCCUCCCUACCCAGCAAACACCCCUCACCAAGCUCAGAAUGGGCCCUUCCAGUCCACCUCGUCACCGUAUCACCUGUACUACUCCACCGCAGCCGGUUCAUACCAGUUCUCCAUGAUGGCCGGAGGAGGCAGCAGCAGCGAAUCUCGUACACCACCACGAAUCCUGCCUCCAUGCAGUAAUGCCUCUACAGGCUCCCCCUUUCUGCACCCGUCUCUGCCCAAUCAGAAUGAAGGGGUGAGUGUAGAGGUGGAAUCCAGCCACAGCAGCUCCCCAACAAACAUGGCUGCCGCUGAAGCUGUAUGGAGACCCUACUGAAGCCUCUGAGGUGGCAGUAGACCAUCUGGACAUGUAAUGGCAGAUACUGGAAUGGGUGGAUGAAAAUAAAACCAUUAUUGGAGACUUCAUAACAACUUAAGACCCCCAAGUGAACGGAGAACAACUGAAUACCAACAGCAUCAUUUUCAUGUCCACUCAUAUUACUUUUUUGGGAUUACUCUUGGAAUAAAUGACAAACAAACAAAAAUAGUUUUGAGUUUAGCCAUUAAAGAAGCACAAAUUCAAGAAAAAUGACCAAAAAAGUUAAAGACUGGUACAAACUAUUUGGAACUCGUCCAUUUUGACUUUUGUACAAUGGAAUCCAUUGUUUUCCUCGAACACUGAUUUGUUUUGGCAGCUCUCUCACUCUUUUCUGUACUAAAGAUAUGUUUUAGAGGGGACAUUUCUAAUUUACUGUUACUGGAACAUUAUUUUAAGAGUUUUUCCUAUAGCAUUCGUUUAGCUCAACAGGGAAAAUCGCUUUCAUUCUGGGAUAAACUAAUUCUGAAUUGGUUUUCCAAGAUAUAGAAAUGAGACUGUGAAUGCAAAUGUUCUACUGUGUGUGUUUAUUGUAGUGACAUCAGCCAGACUGAGCUGUUUCGAUUCAUGUUUUGGAGAAUAAAGAGCUCCGUGUCACAAAUGAAUAAAAGUCUGUGU